UAUGAUUUUCUAGGCUUGGUAGGAGAGCGCCAGACAGCGCCACGGGGGCUGGUGCACAAACCAACGCCGGGAGUAUGACUGAGCUGGAGUCCGAGGCGCAGGUGGAGGUCCGAGGUCUGCCCCACUUCGUGUCUGACGAGUUAGUGACAUUGUAUUUCGAGAACCGGCGGCGCUCGGGAGGCGGCCCUCUGCGAGGCUGGCAGCGGCUGGACGGAGGCGGGAUCCUCACCUUCCAAAAGCCAGAGGAUGCCCAGCGAGUCCUGGCUCAGGCCAGCCAUGUGCUGCAGGGCACAGCUGUGAGUGUGAUGCCUUCUCCACCCCGGGCCCCUCAGCGUCUGCUGCUCCUGGGCCUGAGGCCUGACACAGCCCCAGAGCUCCUGGAACUUUAUGUGGAGAGCCUUUUGAGCACCAAGGGCGAGUGUCAGGCCCUCGCCAGCCCCCGGCCAGACCGGGUCCUGGUACAGUUACCCAUGACUCUUUCAGAAGCAGAGUUUGAAGAGCUGGCUUCGCGGUCCAGUGGGAAAACACUGGACGGUACAACGGUGUCACUGGCCUGGGUGCCCCAAGCUCGUGCUAUAAGGGUUGUGGGGAGAGAUCAGCCUCCAGAUCCUACUCUGCUUCAGCUCUACCUGGAGAAUGAGCGCCGCAGCGGAGGCGGUGCCCUGGAGGGACUACGGACCCUACCUAGGGCUCAGGGAACUGUUGUCACUUUCCAGCAGUGGGAGGUGGCAGAGCGAGUGUUGAACCACUAUCACCAGCUUUGCGGUUCAGAGCUAAACAUAGUCCCCCACUAUGAUGUCCUGGAUCCUGAACCUGAGCCUGAGCCUAAACCAGAGGAAGGAGAGAGACCGGCUCUAGGAGAGAUGAUUUCCAUAGAGACACCAGGAGAGAAAGUGCUCAGAGAGACUUUUGGAAAAAUAGUGCCUGUGGAGAGACUGGAAACGGCAAUGGCUAUGAAGAAACCAGGGGUAACAGUGCCUGUGGAGAGUGCCAUAGGGACAAUUCCUUUGGGGAAAAUGGAGGCGACAGGGACUAGGGAGACACCAGAGGAGUCAGUGACUGUAGAGAGACCAGGGGCAGUAGAACCCCUGAGGAGCACAGUGCUCGAAGAAACUGUGCCAAUGGAGAGAUCAAGAGAACCGGUGGGGCACACAGUGCCCAAGAAGGUGGUACCAAGAGAGGGAAGGGAAGAGAUGGUUAAAGCAGUGGUGCCCAUGGAGAUCCUGCUGCCCAUGGAGCCAGGUGCCUUGCGAUUUUUGCAACUCUAUUAUCAGGAGUUUCUUACUAGCCUUGAUGAAGUAACCCUCUCCACACUGGAUGGCCCUGAUGUCACUGGCUUCCAGCUCAGUGGGGCACUGGAGCUGUGCCAAGCUGCUGAAGAGUUCCUACAGAGCCUUCUGGGUAGCAUUGAGUGCCAUACGCUGCCUCUGAAACACCCGGGCAGUGCCUGCUUCCUGUUAGGCAGUGAGGGCCAAGGCCUCCUGAAGGACCUGGAGGUCCAGUUCCAUUGCAUCCUCACAGUAGAUCAACAAGUGGUGGCAGCCCUCGAUGCAGCCCUUGAUGCAGACCCUGUGGAGCUUGACCCCAUGGACCUUCCAGAGUUACCAGCAGCUUGGGCCCAUGACCCCUCGCCCUCUAGCAGCACUGUUCCAGAUACUUCAGCCAGCCAAAUGGAGGAGAUCAAGAGGUUUCUGGACACCCUGAAGGGUCCAGAUGAAGAAGAAUGCCCUCCCUUAGAGACGGAGGAUGAGGAACUGCAUGAGUCUGAGGAGGGGGUAGCAGCCCUUGGCAGAACAAAGGAGACGCUUGAGGAGGAGGCAGCCCUGCAAUUGGCCCUGCAUCAUUCCCUGGAGGAGAAGAGCCUGACAAUGUGGGAGACAAGAACUCUGAAGCAAGCACUGAUGCUGUCCCUGCUGGAUGACAUAGAGCCCAAUGGCAGUGGUGGUGGUGACAGCAGGGGGAGACUCCUGGUUCAUGUUGCCCUUGGUCAGGACCUCAGGGAGCUGAGCCAAGCUUUGGAGGCUGUUCUCAGGGCACAGCUACGAGAGGAGAGGGUGACGGGUGUGGACCAGUGUUUACCCCCUGCAUUCUGGUCCCGCCUGGAGAGGCACCAUGAUGUGACAAUCAUCCUGCAGGGAAAUUGUGCUAUCUUAAGUGGCUAUGGUCCCCAGCCUUCCAGUGCUGCCAAUCACCUCAGAGCACUGAUGACUGUCCCCUUGAGCCAGAGCCACAUAUUGGCCCCAGACCCUGCCAGAGCAGAAGUCGUGCCACAGGUGAUGGAACAGCAGCCACUAGAAUUGGAAUGUCUGGAGGAGAGUAGUGAGGAAUUCCAGGAGACAGUCCGAGCCUUUUGCAGCACCUUGGGCAACUCCUGCAACAAGAUUCGCAUCAUCAAGGUUCAGCGGGUGUCUCAUCCCCUGCUCCAGAGUCAGUAUGAGCUGCAUAAGAAGACCCUGGAAGAGUCAUGUCCCCAGCAUCCUGUCGAGCGAAUCCUCUACCAUGGAACCUCUUGGCAAGCCGUGCCUGAUAUCUGCAGCCAUGGCUUCAAUCGUAGCUUCUGUGGCCGCAAUGCCACCUUGUAUGGGCAGGGGGUAUAUUUUGCUGUACAGGCUAAGGUCUCCAUCCAGGACCGGUACUCACCCCCAGACGCCAAGGGGCACAAGGCGGUGUUUGUAGCUCGAGUGCUGACAGGAGACUAUGGGAGAGGACAUCCAGAGCUACGGGUUCCACCCCAGAGGGACACCGAGCGGGGUAUCCAGCGCUAUGACAGUGUUGUUGACUCCACAAGAAAGCCUAGAAUUUUUGUCAUCUUCCAUGACACUCAGGCCUUACCCAUCUUCCUCAUCACCUGUCAGUGCAUAGAAGAUCCCAGCAUGCUCCAUAGUGACAGCUGCAGUGAACUCAGUAACCCCUCUCCAUCACUUCUCCCCUACUGACUGCUGAAAUGGCCCCAGGACCUACUGGCUCCUUCUUUGCCUGAAUCAUCCAGAUCUGGUUUGUCCACAUGGGCCAGGUAGUAUUGGAUGAAGUAAGGUGGGGAGAAGAAUAUGGGGAGAGGGCCUGGUUUCUUGCACUGGCAUAAAAGAUUUUCUUCCUUCUUCUCUGCUCCUACCUUCUUUUCAUCCCAAGAUAUUCUCUCUGACUCUCCUUCUUCUCCUUCUGUCCUACUUUUCCCCUCCCCACAAAUGGAGAUCUGAUCUAGAAAGUGAAAAGGGAGCUUAAAGGAUGUGGGAAGGAGAAAACUGUCUACAUAGAUCUUCCAUUCUUAGUACCAAAAAACAACAGGUGCGACAUAGAAAAAUGGGAAAGUAGCCUGGUGGUUCCUUGGAGACAAUGGCCAAGAGGCAACCCCUCCCCCAAAAAAAAGCAUAACUUCAGAUGUCUAUGUCAAAAGGACAAAAAUAUGUGAUGAGCAUUUUUAGUUUCAUAGGUAUCCUGCCAGAAGCAGCAUGAUGUUUAAUAGUCAAUAAAGAUUUAUUAA